AUGUCUUCUUCUCCACUCCCCUCCAAAUCCAACCCAACGACACGAUCCAUUUCCUUAAACGUCCCACACUCAUCUCGUCCAACUCGCAACCACGAUCUCCGCUACAGCCUCUCCGCUGGUCCUCGUACGAACGAAGAUCGUCCACAAUCUGGAAACGGCGUCGCGGGAAUCCUCUACAAAUGGAUAAACUACGGCAAAGGAUGGAAACGACGCUGGUUUGUUCUCCAAGACGGUGUGUUGUCUUAUUACAGGAUCCACGGUCCGGAUAAGAUCUCUCUCUCCGUGGAAAUGGAUCGGAGAUCGAAGCUUAUCGGCGGUGAGUCUUUGCGGUUUAUUUGCCGCCAUAGCAAACGUGGUGAUGCUCAUAGUCCUGGCAAACCGCUUGGUCAAAUACACCUCAAGGUCUCAUCAAUCGGACAAAGUAUAUCAGACAGCAAGAGAUUUACUGUAUUUACUGGUACGAAGAGUCUGCAUUUACGAGCAGCAACAAGUGAAGAUCGUACAGCUUGGAUCGAAGCUUUGCAUGCUGUUAAAGAAACAUUUCCAAGAAUGUCAAACGAGGAACUAAUGGCAACUACAACUAAUGUAUCGGUUUCGACCGAUAAGCUAAGACAAAGGCUAAUGAAAGAAGAAGUUGACGAGACAAUCAUCAAAGAAUGUGAAGAUAUAAUGAAAAACAAUUUCAUCGCAUUGCAUAAUGAGGUCAUGACGCUUAAACAGUACCAGUGUCAUCUUGUGGAUACUCUCAAGAACGUUACUAGUGUCACAGAGCUCGAGUAA